UCUCGCACCUCUAGUUCUCAGUACAAAAUACGCAAAAAGUUUUAUAUUACAGGAGAAUUCCCAAAAAAGCGCAACAAGUUUACACUUUUACGCAAUAAUAUUUGAGGAAUCCAGGGAGUAAUCCAAUUGGCUUAAACUUCUAGUCGAAAAAGUAACCAUAGUAAUGCAGAACGCAGAUGAUUUGGAAACAGCUGGCAGAUUCAGAAAAAAUUACACCGGCCGCAACUCUUAGAAGCCGGUGAGGAAAGGAGCGAGAUCCACCGAACCCAGUAUUUAAGAGGCCCAAAUGUAGCUAGGAAUUAACCACUUCAAUAGAGAUUUAAUGAUCAAAUGGCGGACGAAAUGGCUGCGAAGGAAUCUUUCCGCGAGCGCCAAACCCAGGAAUUGGAGGUUAUAAAGUCCAUCUUUGGCCUCGAUGUGGAGGACCUAAGACCCCAGACGAAUGCUGCACUUUGGAAGCCAACGGACAUCAGGAUUCAGCUCACCCCGCUAAGAGACUCCUCCAAUGGGCUGGAGGCCUACGUCUGCACCAAACUGCAUGUCACCUGUCCCUCAAAGUACCCAAAACUGCCCCCUAAAAUCGCUCUUGAAGAGUCCAAGGGCAUGUCGGAUCAGCUGCUGGAAGCUCUACGCAACCAACUACAGACCCAAUCCCAGGAACUGCGUGGCGAGGUGAUGAUCUACGAACUGGCCCAGACCGUUCAGGCUUUUCUUCUCGAGCACAACAAGCCGCCUAAGGGGUCCUUCUAUGACCAAAUGCUACAGGACAAGCAGAAAAGAGACCAGGAGCAACUGGAUAUACAACGCCAGCGGGAAUUCCAACAGCGCCAGACGCUUAUCGACGAGGUGGAGCGUCGCAAGGAGAUGUUCAAAACGGAGGCUAAAAGACGCGGCGAACCGAGGCGAAGCAUGAGCGAGUCCAAUCCCCGGCAUCCCAGUUCUUCGGAGAGCUCCGAGAACUCAUCGCCCUACUAUCGAGGUCACAUUUACCCCUCCAAAUGCCUGGAUCACCGGAACACAGAAACGCUGUAUUUCCACAAGAUGGGCAGGCAAAUUCAGCGGGGGAGCUGUGUAGGUCACUCGCAACGCGGUUGCAUUGCCUACACAGGCAUUGAUAUGCACUGCGGCCAGUUGCUCUAUAUCACCGAGUGGAACAUCAAGUACAGCCAACUGGAGCAACCCUGCAUCGGCGGCGGAAAGUGUCACUGGGGCAACGAGUCGAAGUGCGUGGGCAGUCAUCGUGUGGACGACGUUAUCGCCUCUAUUGAGAAGCAGGUUGCCGCGUUGGCCCAACUUCAGCACAAAAACCUCGUCUCGUAUGAAUGCGUUCUCUGCAUCAAACGUAAGGAAGGAUUACUCGUGUACCUGGUCCAGGAUUUCCUCCUCGGCACUAGUGUAUUCAGCAUUUCCUCCUCGCUGGGUUGGUGCAUGGAUUUGGAUGGCGCACGAGCAGUGACCCGUGGUGUGCUAGAUGCUCUAAUUUUCCUGCACAACAAGGGCGUAUCCCACAGCCUUUUGCUAGACAGCACCGUUUUUAUGGACAACACGGGAAACGUGCGCGUCUCGGACUUUUCGCUGGUGCCUAAUCUUCUAGAGCUUCUUAGCGGAGCGGGGCAAAGCAGCAGUCGCGGGGACCUGCCCGCCUUAGGUGCCUUAGUAGAGAGCCUCAUGCCCACCAACAGCUACGAGAUGCGAGACUUUGUGGACAAAUGCAACUCUGACCGCACGCUUUCUGCUUCGGAGUUGCUGGAGCAUCCAUUUCUGCGCUUCUUUGUCGACAAUGGUCAGCAGCAGCUAAUGCAAUUACCACAGCAACGGCAUCCUGUUCCUGUCCAGCGCACGGGACCCGCCAUGCCCUAUCAGAUACCCACACUGGCUUUGAGUCAAUCCCGCUUGAGAACCGAGUUCGAAGUGCUCAUGUAUUUGGGAAAGGGCGCCUUCGGGGACGUGCUGAAGGUGCGCAACAUUCUGGACAACCGGGAGUACGCCAUCAAGCGGAUACCACUACCUGCGCGAAGUCGUCAGCUGUACAAGAAGAUGACGCGGGAGGUGGAGUUGCUUUCACGGCUGAAUCACGAGAAUGUGGUGAGAUACUUCAAUAGUUGGAUAGAGAGUGUAGAUGAUGCAGAUGCUGCGGAGAUGGACAAGUUGCUGGGUGGAGAGUGGUCUCAGAGUCAACAGGAGCUCAGCGUAAAACCCGCAAAGUCGCCACAGCUUGGUCCCACUUUGGAGGAGGAUGAGGACGAGGAGGAUAGCUCGUCCAGCAUGUGGAAUGGUUACAUACCCACCAUGGAGGAUUCAGAUUCGGAUGGCAUCGAAUUCGUGGACUCCGAUGGUAAGGUGGCUGUCUACGAUGACGAGGAGAAGGAGGACUCCACCCGAGGUAAGACCAACUCGCCGAGACCGUUGAUGCAAGUCAUGUACAUCCAGAUGGAAUUCUGUGAGAAAUGCACACUGCGCACCGCCAUCGAUGACAAUCUCUUUGAUGACACAGAUCGCCUGUGGCGUCUGUUCAGGGAGAUCGCCGAGGGUCUUUCGCACAUCCACCAGCAGGGAAUCAUCCAUCGGGACCUCAAGCCGGUAAACAUCUUCUUGGACUCCCACGAUCAGAUAAAGAUCGGGGACUUUGGCCUGGCCACCACAAGCUUUCUGGCUUUGCAGGCCCACGAGUAUGCGGCACCAGUUCCUGUUAACCACAUAACUAGUGCGGAGGAUGGCACUGGCACAGGAAAGGUGGGCACCACACUCUACGUGGCUCCCGAACUCACAGGGAACGCUUCAAAGUCUGUAUACAACCAGAAGGUUGACAUGUACACGCUAGGCAUAAUUUUGUUCGAGAUGUGCCAACCUCCUUUCGAUACGAGUAUGGAGCGGGCUCAAACCAUUAUGGCCCUACGGAAUGUGUCCAUUAACAUACCGGAUGCCAUGCUUAAGGAUCCGAAAUACGAGAAGACAGUGAAGAUGCUUCAAUGGCUGCUCAAUCACGAUCCCGCCCAGAGACCUACGGCCGAGGAGCUUCUAGUCUCGGACCUAGUGCCACCAGCCCAAUUGGAGGCUAAUGAGCUGCAGGAGAUGCUGCGUCACGCCCUCGCGAAUCCACAGAGCAAGGCAUACAAGAACCUGGUGGCACGAUGCCUCCAACAGGAGAGCGACGAGGUUUUGGAGCACACUUACCACUUGGGGAGCAGUAGGGCGAUGAAAUCCUGGAACUCGGCCAUCAUAAUCGACGAUAUAGUAUCGCUCAAUCCCGUGAUUGAGUUCGUCAAGGCGAAGGUCGUGAAUCUAUUCCGCAAACAUGGAGCCAUCGAAGUGGACUCUCCACUCCUGUCGCCACUGUCCGCCAGGAACAGCAGUGCCAAUGCGAACGCGAAUGCCGUUCACCUAAUGACUCACUCGGGUUGUGUGGUGGUGUUGCCCUGCGACCUGCGCACCCAGUUCGCCCGCCACGUCACCAUGAACGGGGUAAAUCUCAUUCGGCGCUAUUGUGUGGACCGUGUUUAUCGCGAGGAGCGGGUGUUCAACUUCCACCCGAAGCAGAGCUACGAGUGCUCCUUUGACAUCAUUGCCCCCACAACUGGCAGUCACCUGGUAGAUGCGGAACUUCUGUCGCUGGCCUUUGAGAUCACCAGCGAACUGCCGCGUCUGCGUGAAAAGAAUCUUACGAUACGCAUGAACCACACGAAUCUUCUAAGGGCCAUCCUCAUUUUCUGCAAUGUACCCAAAGCGCAGUAUGGAGCUCUUUUUGAGGGGACCAUGGACUUUAUCGAAUCCCGUAUCUCCCGUUUCCAAUUCCACUCGAGCAUCACGGGUAUUAUGGAAAAAUCGAGAACCUCUGCGCAAACCUUAAUGGACAUGUUGUUGUCCAACUUUUUGCUAACUGGAUCCAGAAGCACCGUGGAUGAUUCGGCUUUAAAAUCCCUGAUGCGCGGAAAGGGUGAAGCAGCUUCACUGGCGAGAGGAGCUUUGAGGGAACUGGAGACUGUUGUGGGAUUGGCUUACAGUUUAGGUGUGAAGUGCCCCAUUCACAUAUGGGCUGGUCUGCCCAUCAGCUUCGAUCGUGCCAGCAGCGGUGGGAUCGUGUGGCAGAUGACGGCUGACCUGAAACCCAAUCGCUCUGGUCAUCCUUCGGUUCUGGCGGUGGGUGAGAGAUACGAUGCCAUGCUGCACGAAUUCCAAAGACAGGCGCAGAGCUUUAAUCCCUCAUUGUCCACACGUGGGGUUCUGAGUGGAGCUGGCUUGUCUUUUUCAUUGGACAAACUGGUAGCUGCUGUGGGUGUGGAAUACGCCAAGGAUUGCCGGGCCAUUGACGUGGGCAUUUGUGUGUGUGGGUCUCGUCCGCCGCUCAAAGAUGUGACCUACAUUAUGCGCCUGCUUUGGUCGGUGGGCAUCCGAUGUGGCAUUGUGGAAGCCGCGAGCGAAUUAGGGGACGAGGCACAGGAUUUGGCGCGGCUUGGAGCUCUGCAUGUCAUCCUGGUGGCGGAGAAUGGCUCACUGAGAGUAAGGUCUUUUGAGAGGGAACGUUUCCAGGAGCGGCAUCUAACGAGAGCCGAACUGGUGGAGUUUAUCGAAAAGCUGCUGAGGACAGAAGCGACUACGGUGGACAACUCCAGUCAAUUGUCCAACUUGAGUACUGGCGACAACAGGAGCAGUGGUGGCCGGGAAAGGGAGCGAGGCGAGAACGGACUUAGCACAUCCGCCUCGAAUGCCACAAUCAAGAACAGCUACAGCCAGUUGCCGAAUCUACAGGUCACGUUCCUUACACACGACAAGCCAACGGCAAAUUACAAGAGGCGUCUGGAGAACCAAGUGGCCCAGCAGAUGGGCUCCACUCUAGCCCAGUUCCUUAAAAAGGAGACGUUUGUGGUGGUGGUGGUGGAGUUGCCGCCGGCGGUUGUAAAUGCCAUUGUGGGUGCCAUUAAUCCCCGAGAAAUACGAAAAAAAGAGACUGAACUGGAAAUCAAUUUUGUGAUCGAGCGAUUUCCGAAAUACAAACGCUAUAUAUCCGAGAUAAACGACGAGGUUGAGGACUAUCUGAGCGAUGCCAAGACUCCAAUAGUGGCCUUGUACAGCAUUUCCGAUUCCUACUACCGCGUCAUCAUCUAACCCACACCAAAUGCUUAGAAUCGGCGAGACUACUUAGUAGAUACGCCCCUAGGUUAAAUUUUCUAGUGUCACAAAUUAUUUCUGGCCAAAAUUCUACUUAUUAGUUGUAUUCUCCGAUGCCAUUUUUCGAAUCAAAAUUCGUUUCUAUAAGUACAUCGAAUUGCUUGGAACCGGAAUUUAUGAGAUUUUACCGUUCUGAUAGAAGGAACCAUAUUCUGCCAAUUCAUGUAAUGUCUUUGUAAUGAGAGUUCUAAUUUAUAAGCUCAUAGAUAAUAUCUUACUUGGUUAAAAGUAAAAACCCUUACUGAGGAAUAGUUAAAAACUAAAAAUGCUAAUUCAAAUUGUAGAAAUAUAUUUUAACAACAUAGAUUGGUCAAAGACUUUAAGUAUCAGACUUCAAAGGAGUAUACUUGCAUAUAGAGACUUUAACUUAAGUUGAAAGAAAAAGAGCUGGAAAUUAAAAACUCCCACAAUCCUGGUUUGUUAUUCAGCAAUAGCAUAACCAAUGUCUACAGAAGACGGUCAAAGAUUCAAGUCUUCAUCCAUAUUUUAUAUACGUACAAGUUUUAAACACGAAAUAUUAAGCAUACAAUAAAGUUGCAUGUGUUGAAUGUGUCUUCCCGCAGGGGAAACAUAACAAA